UGGUAAACAAAGCUGAAGGGAGAUUUACGCGAAUCUAGGAUGACAAAGGAUGCUGCUUUCACCAUUCUUCCUUCGUACAACAACAUAUCAACCACUAGAGUUCCGCCCGACCAGAUCAAGACUGAUAUCUGUCAAAAGAUUCUAUAUGAGAACGUCAACGGCAGUCACAUCAGGAUUCUUGAUGUAAUCCUCCUGAUUCCAAACAUUCUGUUUCUGAUGUUCCUUAUGUACAGACUUGGAGUAGCUCAUGUACAGCUUAGCAAAAUAAGAUGUCCAAUUGUGAAGACUGUUUAUUUUAUGGUAUUCUUUGUCUGUAUCAUUGGAACAGCAAGAUGCUUUGUCUCGAUGCUUCUGACGUCAAUCUUGAAAUUACAUCACAAGGAUUCUCUGCCAACAAAGAUUUUGUGGAUUAUACUGAGAUGCUUUUUGUUAGCAGUUGAAGUGAGUGUCAUAAUAUUUGCGGUCUGGGCAGGGAACAUGCAAGAUGGACGCAAAGGUGUAAGGAGAGUUCUGGGUCUGUCACUAUUUUGUGCAGUUGCAUAUUCAUCAACUCAGGCCACGCUUGAGUUUGUCAAAUGCCCAGGAAUAAAUGGCCGAAUUUUUGGAAGUGAAAAGUAUGAUUUCUAUGGACAUGGUGGAUUGUUGUUUUUGUCGUCUACUUCUCUCUUUUUAGCUUUGGUAUAUCUUACUAUACUCAUAUUGCCGUGCACCAAGCUAAGAGAGUGGUUUGUUUUACCUGGGCGGAAAUCUUUCUACUUGUAUUGUGCUGUGAUGUGUGUCGUGAACCUAAUGCAAGGUUCUGCAAGUCUAUUGAUGUACGAAUGCGUAUACGCAUGUAUUGACAGUGGAUAAUGAGUAUGCCAGCUACUCAUACUCCUAUCUGCCAACAGAAGAUGUCGGAGACGGUUACGUUUCUUCUGACUUUGAUUAAAUAGUGACGCAUGUGAGAUGGAGACAACACAGCGGUCGGACGUCGUGCAUGCGCGAGAGAUCAAUUCUGACCGGCCGUGAGCAACACAGCGGUCAAACGUUUUGCUUUUGCUAGGAAUCAAUUCUGUAGGUCAAACGUAGUGCAUGUGCCAAAGAAGGAAUCAAUUCCGGCUGGCUAUGCGCCAUUUUCCCGCGCUAAAUUUUAGAGGAAAACGUGGGAAACAACUACUGUCUUACAAAGUAAGCGAAACAAAAUUAAAAUGUUCAUAAAAGAAAAAAAAUUAUGGGAAAGGAAAACUCGAAAAUUUUCGAAGACAAAUCUUAUUUUCGCACGGGUUUUACCAGAAACUUAGAGGUUUUUUAAAAUACCGUGAC